ACAGACACGGCCUUUGGAUGACACAGUAAUUUUCAACGAAACGACAGAACGAUUUAAAAAAGUGAGCUGGGAGUAAAUGGCACAGGGCAAUUACCGCAUCUCGCUGGUUUGCGCUCCAGAAAUUGGGUUUGCAAUGUGAUUGCCGGCUGCGCCAAGUGGUGCUUUUACGCACGAUGGAGGACAUUUUACGCGAGCAGGAUAACUGGGCGCAGAAUAUUUCAUGGAACAAUUCAAGUAGGGGAAAUGACAGCCAUUUAGGAAACACCACAGUGAAUCCCUUGAAACGAAAUGAAGAAGUGGCCAAAGUGGAAAUUACCGUCCUGGUCCUGGUGCUGCUGCUCGCUUUGACUGGCAACCUGUGCGUCCUGUGGGCUAUUAACACCACCAAGCACAGCCAGUCUCGGAUGUAUUAUUUUAUGAAACACCUGAGCAUCGCAGACCUUGUCGUUGCAAUCUUUCAGGUUUUACCACAACUCAUUUGGGAUAUCACAUUCCGCUUCUACGGGCCGGAUUUGCUGUGCAGAUUGGUCAAAUACCUUCAGGUCGUGGGUAUGUUUGCAUCUACUUACAUGCUUGUCCUGAUGUCCGUCGACAGAUGCUUAGCAAUUUGGCAGCCACUCCGCUCCUUGCACAAGAGAAAGGAUCGCUUCUGUGUGAUCACCUCGUGGUUGCUUAGCCUGAUAUUUAGUACUCCUCAAUUAUAUAUAUUUUCGCUGAAGGAGGUCGGGAACGGUGUGUAUGACUGCUGGGGAGACUUUGUACAGCCAUGGGGUGCAAAAGCAUACAUCACAUGGAUGACUCUCACCAUUUACUUGCUCCCAGUGGCGAUUUUAAGCACCUGCUAUGGUUUAAUAUGUUUUAAAAUAUGGCAGAAUUUUGAUUUAAAAACCAGAAGGAAGCCAUUCCUGGCUUUCACUCCCAGGGUCGCCAAAGGUGCUCAUCCCCUUUCUCGCGUGAGCAGCGUGGGGCUCAUUUCAAAAGCAAAGAUGCGCACAGUGAAAAUGACAUUUGUAGUGGUCCUUGCCUAUACUGUAUGCUGGACUCCCUUUUUCUUUGUCCAGAUGUGGUCCGCAUGGGAUCCUGCUGCACCAAGAGAAGACACGGCCUUCAUCAUCGCCAUGUUGCUGGCCAGUCUCAACAGCUGCUGUAACCCUUGGAUCUACCUGUCUUUCGCUGGUCACAUGUUCCACGACCUGAUGCAGUGCUUCUGCUGCUGUAGACGGUACCUGACAGACUCUUCCUGUAGCUUUGAUCAACGGUGCAAGCAGAAAAGCAACCCGUCCACUUGUGUCAUCAAGAACCCAGCAGUCCGCGUAGCCUCACAUACACAUGCAGCGCAGGGUGCCCAGGACACUAAGAGCCAGCUGAAAGGCAACCAAGUUUCCUGUAGUCAAGUAAUCUGGUGAUCAUGCAAGUUCCCCCUUUCAGGCCUGUUGCAACAUGUUUGUUGGAGCUAAACAGUGUAAACCCCCUGUCCAGAGAAUACCCUGCACAAAGAGCAAAACAAAAUGUGACUGUGUCCAAAAUGUCGUGUAAAGUGAACCUUUGAUGUGCAUCUGGCAUCCAUGUAAAUCUCUAAGGAUGUGUGUCCUCAGCUUUCCCAAAACAUCACUUUCACUAUGAACUCCAUCUGUACUGAGAUCCUACACAUAAUGCAGUAUAUCUCUCUUGUGUUCUAGGCUUUAACCCUUCAAGACUUUCUGUAGAAGCAGCCAUGAGCAUUUUCAAGGUUGUACACUUCUGUCCUUGUUCAAACAGUUGUUGUCCUGACUUGGCCUCAGAAACAAGUAAUUAUCACAGUGAUCAUAUUAUAUGACAGAAGUAGACUAUCUCUAACAAAACAAAAUUACUCUUAAAUGCAUUUUAACAUACAGGUGGGAGUUUGGCAGAUUACAAACACAAUAUCACUUUAUACAAAUGGACACUUUUUCCAGUUACUGACUGUUCACCAAUUUGUGUGCAAGCAUUUUAUAGUUAUAGUAAUUGUAUGAGCAGUUACACUAAAUCAUUAUGCUUGAAUGAUAUUAAGGUUAUUAUGAAAAUAUGCAACCUUAAGGUUUGUUUUCAUGCACUUAGUUUCAACUGU